GCUCUGCUGGUGUUGCUGUACUGUCUGUCUGGGACAUGGGCUCAUGGAAAGAGUGGAGGGGACAGAAGGAUAUCACUGAACAGGGUCACAGUGAAGGAGGAAAGAGCAAGGAGAGUGAUGCUGAAUAGUUGACCACCCAGCCUGACAUCUGGACUGAGGAACAUGGUGGUGGAACAGAGAGUGGAGCUGAGGAACAUGGUUGUGGAGGUGGUGGACCAGGGAGUAGAGCUGAGGAACAUGGUGGUGGAACAGAGAGUGGAGCUGAGGAACAUGGUGGUGGAACAGAGAGUGGAGCUGAGGAACAUGGUGGUGGAGCUGAGGAACAUGGUGGUGGAACGGAGAGUGGACGUGGUGGAACAUGGUGGUGGAACAGAGUGGGGCUGAGGAACAUUGUGGUGGAACAGAGUGGGGCUGAGGAACAUUGUGGUGGAACAGAGUAGAGCUGAGGAACAUGGUGGUGGAACAGAGUGGAGCUGAGGAACAUGGUGGUGGAACAGAGAGUGGAGCUGAGGAACAUGGUGGUGGAACAGAGAGUGGAGCUGAGGAACAUGGUGGUGGAACAGAGAGUGGGGCUGAGGAACAUGGUGGUGGAACAGGGAGUGGGGCUGAGGAACAUGGUGGUGGAACAGCGAGUGGGGCUGAGGAACAUGGUGGUGGAACAGAGAGUGGGGCUGAGGAACAUGGUGGUGGAACAGAGAGUGGGGCUGAGGAACAUGGUGGUGGAACAGAGAGUGGGGCUGAGGAACAUGAUGGAACAGAGUGGGGCUGUGGAACAGGGAGUGGGGCUGAGGAACAUGGUGGUGGAACUGAGGAACAUGGUGGUGGAACAGCGAGUGGGGCUGAGGAACAUGGUGGUGGAACAGAGAGUGGGGCUGAGGAACAUGGUGGUGGAACAGAGAGUGGGGCUGAGGAACAUGGUGGUGGAACAGAGAGUGGGGCUGAGGAACAUGGUGGUGGAACAGGGAGUGGGGCUGAGGAACAUGGUGGUGGAACAGGGAGUGGGGCUGAGAAACAUGGGGGCCAGAGUGACAGCUGGUGAGAGCCAGGUGAAGGAGCUGCAGAAAGAGGUGGUGAACCAGGGGGUGGAGCUGAGUAUCACUAAGACUGAACUGCAGUUCUACAAGAACAAGGUGGAGGAACUGAAAAGACAACACAGAAUUGCAGGCCAGAGUGAGAGCCAUGUAGAGGAGCUGAAGACAGAAUGCAGGUGUCUUCAGUGAGAGGAGUACAUGGACUUCGGUUUGUUCAAGAAUGACCAGGGUAUAAUGUGGAAUGGACAGUACAAUAGUCACGGAAGGGGACAGUAUCUCUCCAAUUCUGGGACUAGAACUGGAGGGGGACUUGGUCUACAUGCGUCUCCCAUCAGGCUAAACGAUCUAUGAUGAUUCAAAUAAACACAGCUCCUUCAGUGGCUUCCUGCUCUUUCCUAUGUGAGAUGAACACCACAAAAGCUGUAAUAAAAAGUCCAAUUUGUUCUUAUAACAUUCCAUGAAACAUGACCGUAAAAUAAAAUGACUUAACGUCUU